AUGUUAGUGGAAAUCAGCCGUAUGACCAAAGAGGAUAUCCCUGGCGCAAUCGAAUGUAUCCAGACGGGCUUUGCUGAUGACCCAUACUUUACCUGGAUGUUCGAUGGAUCAAAGUUUUCAAAAGCCAGAAAUGAUGUCUCUCUAACAAACCGAUUUCUAUGGGGAAUCAAGAAUGCCCUUUUCUACGUAGCGAGAGAAGUCCCCUCGGACUGUGAAAUACCUGAACAAAAGGGCCGGCAAGAGCCCCAUGAACAGACGAGCCUUUUACGAGACAAAUCAUCCUCCUCGGGCCCUGCUCGCGUCGUCGGCGUUGCCAUGUGGCUAUUACCCCAGCCGCGAUCGAAGCCGGACAGCUGGUUUACGUACUUUCAAACAUGGCUCCUGAGCUUCCGUCAACUCCUGACCAACAUCCGCUUCAUGGGCCGUGGCGGUCUGCUGGUACACCGGUAUAAGAUCUGGAAAACGGCGCAGGCAAAGGUCCAGGAUGAACUCUGGACGGACGAGAGAGGGUACUACUUCUGCAACGAGCUUGCCGUUCGGCCAGAAUUCCAUGGUAAGGGUAUCGGAAGACAGCUUGUCACGGUCGUGACGCAGCAGGCAGACGAAGAAGGGAUGAGAUGCUACCUGGAGAGUUCAAAACAGGUCCCGAAUAUCCAGAUUUACGAAAGGUUCGGCUUCAGGCUGAUCAGGGACAUGGUUUGUGAUGACAACGGGGAGACCUGUAAGUUGUAUUGUAUGACACGAGAGCCGAAGUCCCAGAGCUGA